AGGCCGGAAAUAAGACUCGUCACACCGGAAGAAUCACAGGAACAACGGUUGCGGGAGGAGUACCAAACGAUGUUCGAAAAUAAGGAACUCAUAAAACCCAGGGAUACAGCUCUGCACUUUCCUCACAAAAAUCGCUUUGUAGACGUUGUACCAUAUGAUGACACGUUGGUUAGCGUACAGCAUGUAGAUUAUAUAAACGCUUCCUAUAUUUUGGACCGGAAAUUCAUCGCCGCUCAGGACCCGAUGCCUGAGCAAGGAGACGACUUCUGGCAGCUGAUCUGGGAGUGCGACGUCCGCGUCAUCAUUCGUCUCUCGCCUGACUUGCCAAACCAAUCGGUGGCCAUUUACGUAAAGGAAGCAGGUGAAGGGCGCUGGAUUAUGGGCCAUGAUGAGCUGGAAGUUACAGUAACGACACAGAAUAUCGUGGGAACUCUUCUAAAGAAAACGAUCGAGGUCUCCAAGGGCGAAACGCAACGCACAAUCCACUUCUACCACAUGACGGGCUGGACAAACCACGCCCUCCCGACACCAAAGGACCUCCUCAACCUCAUCAUGGUCGGCAGGAGCUCGAGGCAGAUGCUGGGACCCGAGAGCCCGGUGCUCGUGCACGGCAGCGCCGGGUCUGGUCGAACUGGGACCCUGAUCGCUGCGUGGCACAUGAUUGACCAGGAGAGUCGGGGAGGCCUGAGCAACAUUGUCAAGGUCGUUGAAGCCAUGAGAGAGGACAGGGUGUCCCUCAUACAGUCGGAGGAACAAUAUGUGCUUGCGUACCUAACUGUGGAGGAGUGCAAAAGAACACAAGCAUGGCUAGAUAGUGAAGAUAUUUAUGAUAAUGCUUAAUGGCGCAUACGGGACAACCAGAUUUCUUACCACAUUGCACAGUGGUAACGUUUUCUCCACAGAUGAAGCAAAGCAAACGUGCCACCUCUUCACAGUAACGUUUCGCCCUUACUGGUAAAACUAACUUGCAACUCAGCCUGGAUGUGUUGUGGCAAUGAAGAACCUCAAUUGAACGUCUUGUUAAUAUUUUGGAUAUAUUGAAGUAAUUGCUCGUAAUAGUCUCAUCAAUAUCUUACUUGCUUUUUGUACUUGUUAAUUUCAUGGUAUGCUAUUAAAUAUUCUGAAUCAUUUUGUUUUUGUUAAGACUAUACAUUUCGUGAUACUAAAUAAUACCACAUGUAACCAACAGCAUUAUUUGUAUUAGUAUUUAAGUAAAUGAUUCGACAAGAU